CCUCGUGCUUGUUCAUUUGUAAUAUUGCAAAUAAACUCAGGGCGUCGCUGCUCACUAGCACAUAUGAAGAUAAUUUCUCCACCCACGACAAAAGGAGUAUUCCAAGCAUUUAGACGACAGCUGCCAUUGCUGUGGGAGCAACGUAUCUUGAUUUUUACCAUUACGUUUGAAUAUAAUCAGGGACUAGUAGAUUUUUGUGUCUGUAACCACGCUCUGGAAAAAUAAUGGACCUCAAAAGGAAAUCGCUGCUUAGUUUUGUCUUCGGAUUUGCUCUUUGCGUCAGCAUCACCACGGCAGACCUCAGCUACUCCGUUCCGGAGGAGAUGAGGCCCGGAUCCAUUGUUGGAAAUAUCGCAAAGGACCUCGGCCUGGAAGCACGGAAAUUAUUCACCCGUAAAGCCCGUAUUGACACGGAGGAAAACUACCAGCACUACUGCAACAUUGAUUUAAAAACGGGAGAUUUUGUCAUCAGGGAAAAGAUUGACAGAGAGGAGCUGUGUGGCGAGAAGGUUUCAUGUAUGCUUAAAUUCGAAUUGGUCUUAGAGAGUCCUCUGGAGCUGCACCGCAUUUCACUUCUCAUCCAGGAUGUAAAUGAUAAUACACCCGUUUUUCCAAAGGAAACAAUUAAGUUGGAAAUCAGAGAAUCUGCUGACAAAGGAGCUCGAUAUCGGGUCAACGAAGCACACGACACUGACAUCGGACAAAAUACAGUUAAACAAUACAGUUUACAAAAGAACGAUCAUUUUGUUUUAUCUGUUCGAGACGACAGCGAUGGAUCUAAGAGCGUCGAGUUGGUAUUAGAUAAAGAGCUUGACCGUGAAAAGGAGCACGAUUUAAAUUUCAUGCUGAUUGCAGUUGAUGGUGGCGUCCCACAAAGAUCAGGAACUGCGAAUAUACAUGUUACUGUUAACCCAACCUCAACCCCAACCCUUAAUCUCAACCCGAACCCUAACCCCUAA